AUGCCUCACUCCCUACCCUCAUCGCCUAAGUCGACACCAAGGGAUGGCCGAAAUGGCAUCACCAAAUUCACCAACUGCCGCAUCUUGAAAGGUGAUAAACUGCUAGAUGAGGACCUAUGGGUUAAUUCCGUCACUGGAAAAAUCAUCAGAAGCCAAGCUGCUUUUUACGAUGAUUUUAUCGUCCCAGAUGAGGUUAUUAACCUCCGUGGUCGUAUCCUAUCUCCUGGUAUGAUCGAGUGCCAGCUCAACGGAGCCUUCGGUUUCAACUUCUCAACCCUUCUCGAACCCGCCGUAUACGCUAAGAAGGUCAAGGAGUUGAAUAAACAGAUGGUCAAAACGGGUGUCACAUCGUAUGUGCCUACAAUUACAAGUCAACGGAGCGAACUAUACCAGCGAGUUCUGCCGUAUCUUGGACCAUCAGGAUAUCGACAGAUCGCAGAGGAUGGAGCGGAAUCUCUCGGUGCCCAUUGCGAAGGCCCGUUCUUAAGUCCAACCAAAAAUGGAGUUCACAAUGUGGAUGUAAUACGAGAAGCCGAGACCUUUGCGGAUCUGGAGGAAUGUUAUGGAGCAGAGAACCUUGAUCACGAAGAUGCAUUCCGUCCCACGCCGAUAAAGAUGGUUACUGCUGCACCGGAGCGGGGGGAAAUGACGAAACUCAUCCCCGAACUCACAAAACGAGGCAUCAUCUACUCGAUCGGACACUCGGAAGCCACAUACGAACAGGCGUCGGCAGCCGUGGCAGCUGGCGCGACGAUGAUCACACACCUUUUCAACGCCAUGCGACCCCUACACCACCGAAAUCCCGGUAUCUUCGGCGUCCUAGGCCUAGCAGAAAGCUUACCUCGCCCCUAUUUUGGCAUCAUCGCUGACGGGGAGCACUUACAUCCCACAACAAUCAAGAUUGCUUUCAACGCCCACCCCGACGGGUUCAUCCUCGUCACCGACUCCAUGCACCUGGUCGGCCUGCCGGAUGGUGCUUAUCAAUGGACCAACGGCGAGAGCGCAAGUCAUAUCGUGAAGAAGGGCAAUAAAUUAAUACUAGAGGGUACCGAUAGAAUUGCUGGAAGUUCAAUAACACUAAUCGAAUGUGUUUCCAACUUCCUCAGCUGGUCUGGCGCAACCAUACCUCAAGCCCUAAAGGCUGUCACAUCGACGCCGGCCGCUAUGUUAGGCCUACAGGGUGUCAAGGGGUGUCUUGACGAUGGCGCGGAUGCGGACUUGGUGGUGCUGUCGGAGAAGCGAACAGAGAACCGCACUGACCUCAUUGUCGACGAGGUAUGGAAGUUUGGCACGAAGGUGUUUAGUCGUUCAUUGUAA